AUGCAUGUCUCCGUUCUUCUUCUCCUUUCGCUCACAACAGUUGCCACCGCCCGCACCAGAGCCAGCUGGGCCUGGUCAUCGCUCGGCUGCUUUGUCGAUCGCGAUGUUCCAAAUCGUCUCCUCGGGUCUGUCAUCAUGACUGACGCUUACGAGCAAACUGUGGAGCGAUGCUUGGCCAGAUGCAGCGCGUACAACUAUGCACUUGUCGAGAAUGGCCGAGAGUGCUUUUGCGGAAGUACUAUCAACAACGGAACAUCGGCCGCGAUGAGUGAGUGUAAUUUCAAGUGUCCUGGGGACAGUACAGAGGUUUGUGGUGGGGUGUGGAGGGGGGAGAUCUACGAGAAGGGCCCAAGUGCUUGGUGUGUGGGUGCUCCUGGGCCGAUCUUUACAAGCGAGGAAAAGCAUUUCCAAGUACAGGAAUUGUGA